CACACACACGCACAGUCCAAACCCCCAGGAAAGCCCCGCUGAAUCCUCACACCGUCUGUCAGCAUGGGGAGCGCUUGUUUUUCCCGGGACGUUUGUUUGUUUAUCCUCCUCAUAAAUACUUGCAGGGUGAUGGGGAAUGUCGGACUCACAGAUGCAGAUGAGUGUGCAGAGGGUUCAGACGACUGCCACAUCGAUGCCCUGUGCCAGAACACGCCAAAGUCCUACAACUGCAUCUGCAAGCCGGGCUACAAAGGAGAUGGCAAGCAGUGUGAGGACAUGGAUGAGUGUGAGAACGAUUACAACGGGGGCUGUGUCCACGAAUGCAUCAACAUACCGGGGAACUACAGGUGCACCUGCUACGAUGGAUUCAUGCUGGCCCAUGAUGGACACAACUGCAUGGAUGUGGACGAGUGUGUGGACAACAAUGGUGGAUGUCAGCAAGUGUGUGUCAACACCAUGGGGAGCUAUGAGUGUCAGUGCACAGAAGGCUUCUUCCUCAGUGACAACCAGCAUACCUGCAUCCACCGCUCUGAUGAGGGGAUGAACUGCAUGAACAAGGACCAUGGCUGUGGCCACAUCUGCAGAGAGGCUCCGGGCAAAGGCGGCGUGUCGUGUGAAUGCCGCCCUGGCUUUGAGCUGGCCAAAAACCAGAAAGACUGUACAUUGACGUGUAACUAUGGAAACGGAGGUUGUCAGCACACGUGUGAUGACACAGACACUGGGCCGGUGUGCGGCUGCCAUCAGAAAUACGCCUUGCACUCAGACAGCAAGACCUGCAUUGAGAAAGAUGAGGCUGCAAUUGAGAGCUCUGAGUUCAAUGCCACGUCAGUAGCUGAUGUGGACAAGCGGGUGAAACGGCGGCUACUUAUGGAGACCUGUGCCGUGAACAAUGGAGGCUGCGACAGGACAUGUAAAGACACAGCCACAGGGGUGCGCUGCAGCUGCCCCGUGGGAUUCACCCUGCAGCCUGAUGGAAAAACAUGUAAAGACAUCGACGAAUGCCAGGAGAACAACGGAGGCUGUGAUCACUUCUGCCGGAACACAGUGGGCUCCUUUGAAUGCAGCUGUCAGAAAGGCCACAAACUGCUCACAGACGAACGGACAUGCCAAGACAUUGACGAAUGCUCCUUUGAGAGAACCUGCGACCACACCUGCAUCAACUACCCUGGCAGCUUCGAGUGCUUGUGCAACAAGGGAUACAUCCUGUAUGGCCUCACGCACUGUGGAGACAUAGAUGAAUGUAGCAUCAACAAUGGGAGCUGUGAGUUUGGCUGCGUAAACACUCAGGGCAGCUACGAGUGUGUGUGUCCGCCUGGACAGAAACUCCAUUGGAACAGGAAAGACUGUAUCGAGGUGGUGAAAUGUCUGCCCAAUGGGAAGCCAGCACCCCGAGCUCAACUGACCUGCACUAAGAAUGGAGGGGCAGAAGUCUGCUCACUCUCCUGCCCCUCCAACGCCCUCUUCCUUGCAGACUCAGAGAACAGCUACACACUGAGCUGUGGAGUGCCAGUUCAGCCUGGUAAAGCUCCUCAGAAGAGGAACGCCACCACUGCCUUACCCACCUGUGCCGACACACUAGCGCCGCCCAUCAAACAGAAGGCCAGGUUUAAGAUCAAAGAUGCCAAGUGUCACCUGAGGCCUCGCAACAAGGAGAAGCACAGGGAUUCAUCCAAGCCGAACCUGCAAGGAGGCCAGUUCCCCUGCACUGAUGACUGUCAGGUAACUUUUGUCAACCUCAAAUGCGACUCAUCCAAGAAGCGUCGGCGAGGACGCAAAUCGCCUUCAAAAGAAGUUUCCCACAUCACAGCUGAAUUUGAGAUGGAGAUGAAGGAGGAGGAAGCCUCAGACUCAUGCAAUGUGGACUGUGUGCGGGAGAGGAUGAAGCAGAAGUUGCAGAGUGCCAUGCGGACGCUCAGGAAGUCCAUCAACAAACAGCAGUUCUACAUCCAGUUCUCUGGGACAGAGUACGAGGUGGCUCAGAAACCGUCCAGGGUACCGGAGGGAGCUGAGGCCUGCAGCACCGGACAAGUAUUUCGAGAGGGAAAGUGUGUGAGCUGUGGUGUGGGGACGUUCUACAGUGGAGAGCAGGAGCAGUGUGUGCAGUGUCCUCCCGGCACAUACCAGGACACGGUGGGUCAGCUGUCCUGUGAGCCAUGUCCCAGUACUGACGGACAGGGUGUUGCUGGAGCCAAGAACGUGUCUCAGUGUGGAGGUCAGUGUCCAGCGGGCCAUUUCUCGGCUGACGGAUUUCGUCCAUGCCAGCAUUGUCCGCUGGGCUCCUACCAGCCUGAACCAGGCCGAGUGCUCUGCUUUCCCUGUGGAGGAGGCCUCAUGACCAAGUAUGAAGGAUCCGUCUCUUUUAGGGACUGUGAGGCCAAAGUGCACUGUGCUCCUGGACAUUACUACAACUCCAGUACCCACCGCUGCAUCCGCUGCCCAGCAGGAACCUACCAGUCUGAGUUUGGGCAGAACUACUGCAUCACUUGCCCUGGGAACACUACCACUGACUUUGAUGGUGCCACCAAUGUCUCCCACUGCAAAAACCAACUGUGUGGCGGUGAGCUGGGUGAGUACACAGGCUACAUCGAGUCUCCUAACUACCCUGGAGAUUAUCCGUCUAACGUGGACUGUGUCUGGACUAUCAACCCACCACAUAAGAGGCGGAUCCUCAUUGUGGUACCAGAGAUCUUUCUCCCCAUCGAGGACGAGUGUGGAGACGUGCUGGUCAUGAGGAAGAGUGCCCUCCCCACCUCCAUUACAACAUACGAGACGUGUCAGACCUACGAGCGGCCCAUCGCCUUUACCUCUCGCUCUCGCAAGCUCUGGAUCCAGUUCAAGUCUAACGAGGGUAACAGUGGCAAAGGCUUCCAGGUUCCAUAUGUCACCUACGAUGAGGACUACCAGCAGCUGAUAGAGGACAUAGUGCGAGACGGCAGGCUUUACGCCUCUGAGAACCACCAGGAGAUCCUGAAGGACAAGAAGCUGAUAAAAGCCUUGUUUGACGUACUAGCCCACCCCCAGAACUACUUCAGGUACACGGCUCAGGAGUCCAAAGAGAUGUUUCCUCGUUCCUUCAUCAAACUGCUGCGCUCCAAAGUGACCAGAUUCUUGAGGCCGUACAAAUAGACGGGGCCUCCCUACUGUCCCGUUAAAGACCCCCAUCACCCUGCGUCAUUCCAGAUCCAUUAACUUCUCCCCUGUCUCAGCCAAAUUUUUCAUGUAUCCAUUCAUUAGCGUUUCAUACCUCCAUUCGACUGGUCCUAAAUUCUGUUGGUCACAUGUUGCCUUUCCUCAUCUUUGACCCAUUUAAGUAGUAAAACAUGAUUAACUGAUACCCCUCCCUACACUGUGUGCAGCUUUUUCUAUAAGGUUUGACUGAUAAGGGUUUUUGAAGGCCAGUAUUGAGGUUUAUGCGAUAGUAGAAGAAACCUGCUAUAUUUCAUGUGUAUAUAUUGUUUCUUUGAAAAUUUGACCAUUUUAUACGUAUAAGUAUCGAUUUCCUUUUCUCAGAUUAGUAUGUUACAGAUUUGCGACUCUGAGGCAGUGAGGGUGCAACAUCUUGCAAUAUUGGUAGCGACUCUUCAAAUUUCUUAUUAAAUUUAGACACAGCACAGUCUAAGGUCUAAAGUUAGAUCACAUAUGUAACCAACCCUCAUUAUGUGUUGUCACUUGAAAAAUUAGAAGAGAAAACUAUUAAAUUCAAUUCAAUUUUAUUUGGAUUGCGCAAAAACACAUUAUCUCAAGGCACUUUACAAGAACGAACCUACAGCAGUCCGAUUUAGUAAAUUAAAUUACAAGGAAACUCUUCAAUUAAAUCACAUUUGAUAUCAUGUUUUACAGACCUGUUGUGUGGCUGUAGUCCGUACUGAUUCAUAACAGAUAUACGGAUGGAAUUUGUGUUGCUUAUAUGGUUUUGAUUAUUUUUUAAAGCUUCAGUUCCAAGCGAAUAAAUGAAAAGAUCUCUGGUUGUCAUGUGUAAACCAGUGUGAGGUAUAGCAUGUUAAAUGUGGGCUCACAAUUAAACCAAAAAGAAAACAUACUUGUACAGUAAAGGAAUAGUUCCACAUUUUCGAGAGAAUGUGCUCGCCAGCUUUCUUGCUGAUGAUUCAAUCAAUCUCAUUUCUGUUCAGUAGACAUAAAACUGCAACCAGCAUCUAGACAAUUCACAGAUUAUCGUGGUAUAGCUUGUUUGCUUCGUGUGUGGAAAAGAAAAGAAAGAAAAAUGUGUAAAUGGUAAAUUGGGGGUCCGUGUUUCUUGGGUGCAAGGACUCCUGGUCCGAUCCUUGUCCUCAUGAAAGCAGUUAUUUUUGUACCUACAUGUAGAGCCAUGCUGGCUUAUCUUCCCCUCUAACCCCUCUAACAGUCUACUAGCAUCAUAUUUAACACAGAUAUUAGAGCUGUAUUGAGCUUCUCGUCUUACUCUUAGCAAGAACACACAUUUAAAAUUGGGUAAUAUUAAUCUGUAAAGGCUAAAAAAAAAGGAAUUAAGUAUGUUUUCUUAAAGCUGCACCCCCAGUAUGAAAAGAGAAAAGGCCAGUGUUAGCAAACCUACAUUUCAGUCAAACCCUAUUUCUGCACCCCAAAUAUGUAUUCCUCUUGUCUCUUAACUUUUCCCAGACUUCUAGACCUUCUCUACCUGUCCUCUUUUCCCUCCACCCCCCUCUCUCUUUUUUAUUUUGUUCUGCUUUGUUUUUUUGUGUUGUUGUUUUGAUUUUGUAAUAUUUAUACUGGACAUGUCAGAACUUGCAGAGGCCCACAUCACAGACAUUAAAGACACGGCAUACAUACAUGUAGGAUAUGUAUGUUAGUGUGGAGAUAAACAGGUGUACAUGCCCACACAGAGUGAAUGGAUUUAUCCCGGAUUGGAUUUCUAUAUUGGUCCUGAUGUGCAUGAGACAGUGAUGAAAAAAACAAUCGGUGCACUUAAAACACAUUUUAAAAUGGAAAAUAUAUUGAAAGCAAUGGAAACCAUUCCACCUCUGUGGGUGCUCUAUCCAUCAGAGCACAGGGAAAGAUUAAAUGGGAUGAAUCUGAAAGUCUAUAUUGUACUUUUCUUAAUUUAAAAGAUAUAUAACAAGAUGAGAUAAACUACCUGCAAGUAACAAGAAUGUUACUUUAGAGAGAAAUGUCUGUGAUGUAACUAAUAUUUGGAACUUUAAUUGCACUUGAAUUUUAUAUGUUAAACUGUAGGGAAAAAAGAUCUAAGUUGCGUAUUUGUUACCUUUUUUUGUGUUGUUUUGAAAAUGUGCCACACGUGGCAGCGGCGAGAGAGAAAGACAGCCGUCUCCUGUUGUCGCUCCUACUCUGUAGCUUGCCCCACAUCUCUCUGUUACAGCAGCUGCAAACCCCAUUCAUGCACACAGCGAGGACACAUUCAGACUGAAGUAUCGACAUCUCACAACCUCACAGACUGUAUGUUGAACCGAAACACACAGAGAAAACACAUUUACAUUAUCAAACUUGCCACCGCCACUAGUUUUUUCCACGGCCCAGUCCUGUUUCAUCCCUCAAACACUUCCUAUAGCUGCCAGAGAGAGGAAGCAUCACCAUAAAGGCUUCUUGUAUGAUGGCACCACAUACAUACUGUACUACAGUAUAUGCACUACCUGUUUUAAAAAAAAAAAACUGUGUGCAUUCACCAAGAUGCACUCUCUUUCCAUUAAAUAGGUGUGUGUACUACGCUUUUCUUUUAUAACCCAACUAAAUGUUUUUGUGUCGUUCCCAUAGGUACUUAUAUGUCUAUGAAAUCCUAUACUGCAUAUUGAAAAUGGACUCUAUAUCUGCACAAUGUGACUGGAGUUAAAAAACAUGUACAGUGUGAGUUGAGUGUUGGUCUGGAGGUCAAUUUAGUGACAGGGGCACAGUCGGAGUAAGAGGCUUCUCCUGUCUGAGUGUCUGUGUGUCUGUAGCACUUGCAGCUUCAGCUUUGUCUGUGUUGUAUCAGUCAUAAAAUAAGAGCUUUUCCUGAAAAACGAUAAAAAUUCAUAUGUAACAUCCCGAUUGGUGUUAAUGCUUCUUAGUUACUAAACUCAACAGUCCAAUGUCAGUGCUAAUUUAUAUGAAUUAUAGCCCUUUUUUCAAGGUAUACUUCAUGUCUUCAGGUUUCCUACCUUCCAGACAGCUGUUUGCGUCAGUUCAUUUCAGAGCAUUAUGGGAAAUAAUCGGCAACAUUGUUGGGAUAAUUACUUUUAACUGCGUGUGUGUGACAGUUGGUGUGUUCUAGGAAAUUUGACGCUAGACUUUUCUAAGAUCAAGCCUGCAGCCAAAAGUGAGGUUAUGAAACAAUCUCUGAAGCUGACAAAACAAACCCACGUCAAGCUCCAUCCAGCAGCUUUUCUGGACCUUUAAAUGAGAAGCAGUUCCAAAUUUGAAUUAAGUAUUUUUCAAUGUUUAUCUUCAUGAUUAGCUGGUCCUAAAACAAACCUACUUAACAAGAUAUGAAAAUAAAAGCAGUCAACAUCUCCAGUGAUGGAGUGUUUAUGUCUGUGCACACUGACUUUCAUAGUGUACUGAAAUGAAACCAGCACUUAGAAGGUAGGAAAUCAAUCACAGAUCUCGUGCUUUGGAAAACGGUCUGCAGCCGUGUUAUUAUGGCUGAAACAGACAAAACCACAAAUGUUGUCCUGAGUAGCACUGAAAACAAAAUGUAAAAUCAUUGAAAAAUAUAUUUCUAUUGGUAUUGGCUGAUAAUCAUCCCUGAGAAUCGAUAUGACCCCAAAUGUCCGAUAGAUAACCCUUCAAAAAUAAAAAGUAUAUUGUUAUAUAACAGGUAUUGCCAAACAGCUGCCACGCAGAUAUAUUACGGUGCAGCCUACUUCCAGUUCGAAGUGGGCACUGUUCACUGUGAGAAAAAAACGAAAUGAAAUGCUCUAAAAAUGAUAAUUGACUGUUUUGUUUUCCUGAGAAUGUAUUCAGAUGUGAAUGAGUGGCUGCGUGUGGUGUGCGGAAGAGAAUCUGCAACGAAAAGUGUGAGCAGCAGGUGUGUGUGCGUGUGUGUGUGAGAGAGAGAGAGAGAGAGAGAGAGAAAGAGAGAGAGAGCAAAGAGACUGUGUAUGUGAGUACUUUAGUCCUUUUGUAGUGAUUUUAACGUUUGUGUUAGUCAGUUGUACCCAGAGAGAGAAAGUGUAAUGCAGUGUCGUGCCAUUGUUUGGUCCAUGAAACUCCAGUACUGAACAAAUUAAAACAAACAGU